AUGCUGCGCAGAGGUGCAGCGCGUAGGCCUCUGAGACUGAUUUUCCUGGCCUCUACGCUUGGUCUCCUUUUUCGAACUUUCACCGCAUGGCAAGAUGACUCAGCCUUCGUAGGGUCGCCUGCCGGACCUCGGCCUGAGCGUGUUUCCACCCUGGGCAGGGGAGCUUCGGAACCCUUGGAGGGCUUCGAACCCACCUGGGAAGAGGAGCAGACUCUCUGGAAAUCGGUGACGGCAUUUAACGCCGCCUGCUGGGGUGCCGCCUACAUCAGCACCAAGGCCGGCAUCGAUACGCUCGUCGCUGCUGGCGUGGAGGAUGCUGCCAUCGUGUAUGGCGCCCUCCGUUUCGGCUUGGCGGCUUUGCCGCUCCUGCCCUGGGUCCUCCGUUCCAGCAGCGCAGAAAGUGCCCGGACUUCGGCCAUCGUUGGCAGCCUGAACGGCCUCGCAUAUGCUGCCAUCUUCACAGCUUACUCUUUGGGCACAACUGGUGGCAAGGCAGCCUUCAUCUGUUCGCUGCAAACGAUUGUCGUCGCUGCAUGCACCUCACUAGCUGCCCAGCGUCUCCAACUGGGCACCGUGGUCUCUGCUGUGAUGGCGGUGGUUGGAGUGGGCUUCCUGGAGCUUGCCGGAGGCCCCAUGGAGACGUCGUCCGGCGAUUUGGUAUGUGCAGCUGCGCCACUCGCAAUAGGAAUUGGGUGGUACAUGUUGGGAGAUACGAUGAAGAAGUACCCAGACGACACCUUGCCAUCCCUCGCAAUCCAGUUCGUAUGUUUUACGGUGCUUUUUGUAACGUGGAUCCUUGGUGAUAUUGGCUGGAAACACGGGCCGUCUGGUAUAGUGGAUUGGCUGGGUCAGGUGCCAGCAAUUUUGCAGACUCCAGGUCUUUGGCCUCCCCUUCUCUUCUCGACGUUCCUGGGCAACGUCAUCACGAUGCUUUUGGCCAACAAGGCAGUGCAAAUGAUAAAAGUCUCAGAGGUCUCGUUGAUAGCAGCUUCUGAACCUCUGUGGGCUGCGCUCGCAGCGAUGCUGUAUCUGGGGGAGGUGUUCACGCUAGCUGACUGCAUUGGUGGCGGUUUCAUCCUCACGGCGCUUGUUGUCAACGAGCUUUGGGAAGAAGGAGAUGCAGAGCCCAAGAGUACGGCGAUUAUGCCUGAGGCCAAGCAAGGAAACGAGAGGAAACAGAUGGAACUCGUGAGCUGA